AUGAAGCUGCCAGGCCAGGAGGAGUUUGAUGUCUCCAGAAGCUGUGACAAUGGGGCAGUGGAAGAGCAGGUCAGAGGAGCUGGCCCCAGACUUGAUGGCCCCUCAGACACAGGUCGCAAGGAGGUGGGGGAACCCAAGAAUCCACUGCUCUUCAUCCAGUUGAACGAGCUGCUGGGCAGGCCGCAGGCACCCGAGUGGAGACAGAUAGGCAGGUGGAUGGUGUUUGAAGAGAAACUGGAGGUAGAUGCAGAUCGGUGGAGUGCCCCCCAUGUGCCCACCGUGACAUUGCCUGCACUCAGGAAACUAGGGGGUGCACUGGCCGGGGGCCUGGUGCUACUGGACUGCCCUGCUCAGAGUCUCCAGGAGCUCAUAGAACCGGUGAGCAAGGUGGAGUGGCUGAACCCUGAACAGAGGGCUCUACUGCAAGUGCUGCUACUGCAGAGACCCCAGCAUGGGGGUCACACCUCAGGGGCGAGGUGCUGCCCAGGAUUUGCCUGCUCAGGAGAGUCUCCAGGGGAUGAGGAAGCCCCCCAGAAGGAACAGUGUCACAGCCCCCUGCUACAGAAGCUGCCAGCCAGGACUGAGGCGGGCGCGGUGCUGGUGGGAGAACUGGACUUCCUGACGAGGCCUCUGGCGGCCUUUGUGCGGCUGCAGAACCCUGUGGUGCUGGAGGCCCUUGUGGAAGUGCCGAUACCCUGCAGGUUUCUCUGGCUCCUCCUCUGCCCCCCUAAACAGGGCUGGAAUUGCCAUGAGAUGGGCCGGGCAGCGGCUGUCCUCCUCAGCGACGCGCAAUUCCAGCAGUCAGUUCGUCAGGCCAGCAGCCUCUGCGAUCUGCUGGCUGCCCUGGAUACUUUCCUGGAGGAGGUGACGGUGCUCCCUCCAGGCCAGUGGGACUCGACGGCUCGACUUCCACCACCUAAAUGUCUGCACAAAAGGCAUCAUGGCCUGGCGGCAGACACGCCGGGCCAGCGGCCUCACAGCGAGGAGUUGCAGCGGACAGGCAGAUUCUUUGGGGGUCUUGUCCAGGACGUGUGCCGGAAGGCCCCGUGGUACCCCAGCGACUUUUUGGACGCCCUGCACCCCCAGUGCCUUUCAACUGUGCUCUACAUUUACUUGGCCACCGUCACUAACGCCAUCACUUUUGGGGGGCUGUUAGGGGAAGCCACCGGAGAUGCCCAGGGAGUGCUGGAAAGUUUCCUGGGCACGGCGGUGGCUGGAGCGGCCUUCUGCCUGCUGGCCGGCCAGCCCCUCACCAUCCUCAGCAGCACGGGGCCAGUGCUGGUCUUCGAGCGCCUGCUCUUCUCCUUCAGCAGGGAUUACGGCCUGGACUACCUGCCCUUCCGCCUGUGGGUGGGCAUCUGGGUGGCCACCUUCUGCCUGGCCUUGGUGGCCACAGAGGCCAGUGUACUGGUGCGCUAUUUCACCCGCUUCACUGAGGAAGGUUUCUGCAUCCUCAUCAGCCUCAUCUUCAUCUAUGACGCUGUGGGCAAAAUGCUGAGUCUGGUCCAGGCCUACCCCAUCCAGAUAUCCGGGAGUCUCGCCUACGGCUGCCUCUGCCAGUGGCCAGAGCCAGGAGGAAAUGAGUCUCAGUGGACAAAGUCAAGACCUGAAGAAAGAGAUGAUGUGGACCUAGGCCUAGUCAACGUGUCCUUGAUGCCAGUCUCUGAAUGCACCCAGCGAGGCGGCCACCCCCGUGGAUCCAGCUGUCACACGGUUCCUGACAUCGCCUUCUUCUCCCUACUCCUCUUUCUCACCACCUUCCUUUCCACCACCGCCCUUCAGCGUAUGAGAUCCAGCCGCUUCUUCCCAUCCAAGGUGCGCAAGGUUCUUGGUGAUUUCUCCUCCAUCUUGGCCAUCCUGCUGGGCUGUGGCCUUGAUGCCUUCCUGGGCCUGGCCACACCAAAACUCCUGGUGCCCCAAGAGUUCAAGCCUACACUCCCUGGACGUAGCUGGCUGGUGUCCCCUUUUGGAGCCAACCCCUGGUGGUUGAGUGUGGUGGCUGUGCUGCCAGCCCUACUGCUAUCCAUCCUCAUCUUCAUGGACCAACAGAUCACGGCUGUCAUCCUCAACCGCUCUGAGUACCAGCUGCAGAAGGGAGCUGGCUUCCACCUGGACUUCUUCUGUGUGGCAGUCCUGCUGCUGCUCAUGUCAGUUCUGGGGCUGCCCUGGUAUGUGUCCACCACUGUCAUCUCCCUGGCCCACAUGAACAGUCUCCGGAGAGAAAGCAGAGCCUGUGCCCCAGGGGAGCCCCACAGCUUCCUAGGCAUCAGGGAGCAGAGGCUGACUGGACUGGUGGUCUUCAUCCUGACUGGCAUCUCUAUCUUCCUGGCACCUGUGCUCAAGUUCAUCCCAAUGCCGGUGCUCUAUGGCAUUUUCCUGUACAUGGGGGUGGCGGCCAUGAGCAGCAUCCAGUUCACAAAGAGGGUGCUGCUAUUGCUGAUGCCAGCCAAAUACCAGCCCGACCUCCUGCUCCUACGGCAUGUGCCUCUGCGCAGAGUGCACCUCUUCACGGCCAUACAGCUGGCCUGCCUCACUGUGCUAUGGAUAGUCAAGUCCACUUCUGCUGCCAUCAUCUUCCCCCUCAUGCUGCUGGGCCUGGUAGGGGUCCGGAAGGCCCUUAAGUGGGUCUUCUCAGCCCAAGAGCUCCUAUGGCUAGAUGAGCUGCUGCUGGAAGAAAGGAGCGUCCAGAAGGGGCAAGCGCAGAACUCCCUCAGCGGAAGUGACAGUGAAGAGUCCGAGCUUAUGUAUCAGCCAAAGACGUUGGAAAUCAAACUCUCUGUGAAUUAG